ACGGUUAUUGUUUUUUUUUAAAGAAAUGCGAGUUUUGUUAGCACGAGACCAGGCGAACCUCACCACUUGAGCAUACGUAUAGUAAAGCCAGUUGGAUAUAUUGGAUUGUUUUGCGAAAGAUACCUACUCAAAAAACGUAUACUAUUGUUCCUAAGAAAAAGUAUUAAAAUGAACACCCUACUUCAGAAUCUGCUAGAAGGGCUGAAAGAUAGUGACUACCAGAAGCACAUGGAACGGGUUAAUCGAAAACCAAUGACUAGUUAUACGAUGAAAUUUCUCAAUGAGGCUGUUCAUCUCAAGAAUGCGGAUGUGACCGCGAUUCGAAAUUAUGUACUUAAGAAGGGGCCAUUUAUUGAUGUUCCAGAUUUGCCCAAGUGCAAUGCGAACGCUGUUAAGGUACGUGCAAUUGGUAAUCGACACUAUCUUAAGAAGGAAUAUAGGGAAGCCUUGGAGAAAUACAAUGAAAGUAUUUGCUGGGCUAAGACUGGUUCGGAAGAACUGGGAAUUGGUUAUGCUAAUCGAUCAGCUGUCUAUUUUGAGCAGGAGGAGUAUCAGUACGCGCUUGUCAAUGUAUCACUCGCAAAGAAAAAUAACUACCCGCAGCGUCUAAUGCCGAAACUGACGACUAGAGAGCUCAAUUGCAUGGAAAAAAUUAAAGGCGGUCAUUCGAAGUACACGGUUCCUCCAAUUCGAAUGUCGAUUAAUGUUGAGGUAAACCCGAAAAUCCCUCAUCUCGCCAAAGGGAUUCGUAUGCAACAGCUUCCUGAGUACGGCAGGAGUAUGAUAACCGACCGUAGUUUCAAAACUGGCGAUGUAAUUUUACAUGAAACGUCAAUGAUGACCUCUAUCAGUCCUGAGUUGAAGUAUCUAAAUUGCAACUACUGUUCAAUUGAAAAUUUUCACAGUUUGAUUCCUUGCCCGAAUUGCGUCUCAGUCAUGUACUGCAAUGAGGAAUGCUUGGAAAAAGCAAGUAAAAGCUUUCAUCGUUAUGAGUGCGGCAUUAGCGAAAAAUUGCACCAUAUUUCCUACGGCAGCAGUAGAAUUUAUUUGGGAUCAAGAAUGUUUUUCUACGGAUUGUCAUUGUUCGAUGAUAAUAUCGAAGAAAUGAUGAAGUUUUGCCUCAAACACGGUAGAACUGGUGCAGAUCCGUUCACAUUGGAUUAUUCUAAUCAUAACCCUUUGGAAGAGUUCAAGGUGUUUCAUCAGGUAAAACUAGCAACUUCAGAAUUUCUUUACGAAGAUUCGUUUCGAUUUUAUGCCGCUGUAUACUACUCAGUAUAUCUCAAUCAUCCAGUCGUAAAAUCGAAGUUCACAACUCAACAAACGAGAGUAUUCAUGCUUCGAACAAUUCUAGACUAUAUGAGAGUAAUUGGUUUUCUUAUAAUCGGGAGCUUGGAAAAAUUUACUAACCAACUGUACUCAAUUGCAUCAGUUUGCAAUCAUUCUUGCGAUCCCAACACAGUGGCGUCCUGCCGUUCUGGUCAACUAAAAUUUAUUGCUCUGCGACCUAUUUCCCAAGGAGAACAAAUUUUUAUAUCAUACGGACCGCUGUAUGAUGACCACAGCGAUUUUGAACGUAAACAAAUGAUGGCCAUGUUUCAUUUUGAUUGCGUCUGUCACAUCUGUGAUCCAAAAAAGUUCGAAUCUUUUAUCGCAUUGUCUAAACAAAAUUUGCCAAUACCUCGGAAGCACAUGAACGUUCUGCAAAAGGUAGUCGAGGGAGACAAUGAUGCGGCCAAGAUGAACGCAAUGAAACAGUUUGUACAGCGAUACGCAUGUCGCCAUCCAGCAGAGGACAUCGAUAGUGCUCUGUCCAUGUAUAGGCAACUGUUGAACAUCACAGUUAUGGUAGAGACGGAUGCUCUACUGCGAGCCAAAGCAGUUAAAAACUUGUAA